AUACCCCCAUUCACCCCCCGCACUUCCCCCCGAUUUCAAAACCUCCGUCCCCAAAAACCCUAACCCUAGCCCUAACUGCCCCCAAAAACCCUCGCCCAAAUUCCCCAAAACCCUAGCUCUAGGGUUCAAAUUUCUCCCCCUUAAUGGAUCCCGUCCUCAUUGAGUCCCCAACCGAUGCAAAAUCCCCCAACUUCAACGUCGUCUUCAACCUUAACUACGGCCCCAUGCUCAAGGAGUCCAUCGACCGCUUCCUCAGCUCAAUCCAAACCCAAACCCUAGAUUUCUCCGCCUUCCGCUCGAUUUUCUCCAGAUUUCUGCAGUCUUCCGCGGACCCUCCCCUAGAAAUCAUCUUGUUCUACUGUGCGAUUAACUACCACGAGUCUCUUUCUUGCGCGAGGAGCACUCUCGAUCGAGUCGUUGCGAUCAAGAACUUGCUUCAGUGUCUAGCUGCUUGCUCUUCUUCUUGCAGUGGAUUGAAGUCCAUUGCUCUUCUGGCUCCGGCGGUUGCUGAUCUCUAUAGCUGUGUUUUGGAAGAGGAGAAGGUCAGUGGGAAGGAGGGGAAGAAGUUGAGGAGGGAGAUUGAGGGGUUGAUCGAGGGGACUCUUAGUUACAUUAGCAUUUGUAGUGGUAAGAGCUGUGAAUUCGAGGAUUUUGGUACUGGGUUGCUCCCUUGCUUCCUCGAUUUGGUUAGGGUUUGGACGGUGAGGAGGUCCGGAGAAGGAAGUGGAUUGGAGGUGUUUUUUCCUUUGGUAAGUAGGGAGAUUAGGGGGAAGUUUAAGGAGGAAGGAUGUGGAGUUGGGUAUUUGGCUGGUGUUGUGAUUGUUGAGGCUUUUCUGCUGAAGUUAUGCUUGAAGGUCCGAGCUGGUGGGUCCUCGAGGGAGGACUUGCAGAAGGAGUUGAGGGUUUGGGCUGUUAGCUCAGUCACUGUGUUCCGGAAUCACUUCUUUUUUGCAGAAAUAUUGCUGAAGUUGCUGCUGGACCCAACAUUGCCUGUUUUGGCCCUCUUAGAUUAUAAAGAUGAGAACCUAAUUCGAGGCAUCAUCUAUGAUGUUGUGAUAUUGGUAGAUUAUUCUUUCAUUAACCCUGGAAUGAAUGUGGAUCCAUCUUAUGAUUUUAUGAGAUGCAUUGCCGUCAGAAGGUUGAUAGUUACACAUGAUGCUAUCCGAAUUGCCCGGGAGAAGGGAGAUCAUAGCAAAGCAAUUUCCUAUAUGAGUGCAUUUUCAACCUCGUGCUUGCCUCAUCAAAUAAUCAAGUGGGUUGCUACUCAAAUUGGCACAGAGAGGACCAAGAAGCCAGAUAUUAACACUCCUCAAGUAGUUCUCGAGUGGCUUGUGAGUCUUGAAAAUCUAACUAAAGAUCAAUGGCCAAGCUUUUUUGAGGAUAACACAUCAAAACUCUGUGCCAACUUGAUGCUUGACAAGUCAAAAACCACCUCUGAUGUCUCGGUUUUCAGUACUAUUAGCAAGAAAUCAGUCGCUGACUUCUUUUUUGACAAGGGAAAUGUUGCUGAAGAUGAGGAAAUGCAAUCAAUGGAUGAUUUUGCAUUUUUUGCUGCUUGUAGAUCGACGAAUUCACCUGUUAAUGGGAAGAAGAGGAAAAAUGUGGGAGAUAAAGAGGAAACACCUGGGAAAUUUAUCAAGUACAAGAUCGAUGACAGCUUAAUGAACGGUAAUGGAUUGAGCAGUGGUAGUGAAGUGGACAACCCAAACUCCGAUGGUGAAGAUUCAAACUCGGAUGAUGAAAUGGAAGAGAACUAGACCAAAAGUAUCAAUGCUUAAGGUUUUUUGUCCGCGGUUAUGUAAUGAUUUGCAUUGUCCAAACAUGAGAACUGCUACAAGUCUGGAAUUGCUUUUGUUGUGCUGUUAUAUAUUAGAAUAUAGGGGACUAUGAAUGUAGUAACUUCGAUAUUGUCUACGUAACCCAAGUAUAGAGAUUUGUAUCUGGAGGCUACGAGUAGGAUGUUGGGUAUUAAUCUGAUGCUUGUUUGUACUAUGAAUUACUUUAGUAAGUUUUCUACCUAGUCGAGUUAUACGUCUUUGUAUU